GAGACCAAACAUUUGGUGUUUCCAGAAGUCUGUUGAUAGUAAACCUCACCUGUAAAACAUGGCGGCCUCUAUUACAUCUAUUUUAUUACUAUUUGUGACUUCUCUUAUGAAUGAGGGAACACGUUUUGUUUGUGGUAUUGAUGAAGGUGACUUUGAUUAUGAUGCCCUUCCUGGAACGACACACGAAUUCAAGAUAGAAGUUAAAGCUGGAGAGGAGGACUGUUUUGCCCAGAUGGUGGCGCUGGGAGCAGUGUUUCACGUGCAAUAUGAGGUUCUGAGGGGCGGAGACAGAACUAUUCGAAUGAUAGCGAUUGACCCGAGCUUAAAGACAAUUCAGAUCGAAGAUCCCAAAUCAGAGGGCUUCAUCAGCCACAAGGCGACGAUGGAGGGGUACCACCACGUCUGUAUGGACAACACACACUCCAGGUUUUCGGGAAAGAUCGUGUACAUCUAUAUUGUAACUUAUAUAAUGGAAGAAUGGGCAAAAUAUAUGGAAGAAAUCCAGAGUAUCAGCCUCACCGCACAAAACUUUUCCAGAACACUGACUGAUGUGCAGACCUCAAUAGACAUUGUCAGGUUCCACCAAUCAGAAAGCCGUAUGCACGUGGUGCGGGACUGGUAUUUAGCAAUAGGAAAUAACAAACACAUCAUGUACUGGUCCAUAUUCCAGAUCAGCGUCAUCAUCAUGUCGUCAGUAUUUCAGAUUUUCUGUCUCCGGAGAUUAUUCCGCACUACAGCAGUGACACCGUCACAAAAACCUAGAGCCUAGCGAUCCUUCAAUUGGUGAAGCAAUUGACUUUACAUGUAACUUGCCUUAAAGCCAUCAUGCAUGGUUAAAAACGUAUCAUGGUUAAUACGUAUAUAUAUGAGAUGGUAUCUACACUAUUUCCUUUCUCGUAGAUUGGCUACAACUUUUGCAUACUGAUCUAGGGGGCCUGGUGGGUAUAUCAAUAACUACGCAACGGGCAUUUUUGCCAAAGUAAAGUAUUUGUUAAACACAAAAAGAUGAAAGAAAAAUAAGGGCGAAAUGUACAGAAGAAAUGGAUAAAUAAAUGUUAUUGUUGAUGGAGUUGGGAAAACUCAUACAAUAUAUCCUUCCGAGAAAAGAAAUAGUCCUGACAUGUACCGUCUCGCAUGUAUUCGUACGAUACUUAAUAACCACGCUUUCAGUUCUAGCCAAGUCAGUCUUGAUACUAAUGUACUGUUCUCAAAGCAUUUCCCAUUUUGGAUGUAGAAUGAUAAGUG